GGCUUUCCUAAAAUUCCCUCGAUUCCACAACAAACGGAAUUUUGUUUAUGAAAUUUUGUACAAUUUAAUUAAUUAAGUCAGAAAUUAAAAUAAUUUCACCAGCAUUUUGUAGUCCACUCCCCCCUCACAACAUACACAAUGAAGGCUGAAUAUAAAUCCAAAGUAUUUCGUCCCCUCGUCACCCUUGCGCCGCGCAGUCUCGCAGCCGUGUUAUCUAAUUCGACACCAUCCGGAGGUGAAUUGACAACAUGGUCGCGGCAGUUCUUUGUCGACGCUCCUUUUGUGCGAAACUUUGUUGUCGCAGGGGCAGAAGUAUUCGCCACAGUGCAAAAAGAGUACAAGGCGCACUACCCGGACCCCGUCCCACCCAAAAUAGUGACCUCUUUGUCCCGCAUGUAUCGCACAUUUUUGUUGGAGCUGUGUCAAAAUCUCAAGGCGACGGGUGACCUUACUUCCGCAGACCUUUACUCCAAUCUCGACUUUGUCUGGAAUUUCUGCGAAAUCAUGUUCCUCUCGUCACACCCGGACUUUCCCGUCCUGCCAUAUUUGGUCGACUGGAUCCACCUUAAUUUCGACUUGACGUCUGAAAUUCUGCCAAAAGUGGUGGCCGAAGGGUCCGAACUGGAGGAGGAGACAACCCUCGAAUUGUGGAACCUCAUUUACUCCCACGUUUUUCAUGGCACGACACGGGAAGCGGCCCGUCUCCUUAGCUACUUGGGUGGAGAAAGCGCCUCGUCCACGACACAACGCCACGUCGCCCUGAUGGAGGAACUGCUUUCCAAACGACCAGAAUUUCGCCCUGAGGACGCUGCCUCCUCUCUCACCGAGUUCGAAGCCCUCUUCACUGCUUGGCAGGAAGAAUGUGUGAACCGACUGGAGAACGGGGCGUUUAGUGGGAGUCCAAAUUUCACCCUUGUCUGCAAAAUUCUCUGCGGGGAUGAUGAGGCUUUUGCAUCUGCCGUUGCGAGGGGUCUCAUCACAUGGUACGAGUACAUGGUGCUCCUUCUGAACUACAAGUAUCCCACCAUCCGCCCCGCACAACUUAAAGCCUACGCCGUCCGCACCCUGCAACAGCUCGAUCUCGUCGACAAGUUGGAGGCGAGGGACGCCAUCCUCCUCCACGCCAUGGAUUUAGACGUGGUCUCAGUCCUACGUGAAAUAACGGCCGUCUGGGACAAUCCAUGGGUCGCUCUGCACCUCUCCGAUCUCAUUUUCGCCUGCGGACGGAGCUCGAUUUCAACCUCUGCGCAAAAACAGCGUCGAGGAGACGAUGCAAGUUUCGACUUUGCCUGCGUUGUUCCUCUCAGAAACGACUUUCUCCUCGAAUACGGCACCACCCUCAUGGAGCACGAGACUCUUUGGCAGAUGGGUCUCUGCUACCUCGACGCGUUACCUGAUGGAAAGGGCCGUCCCGUCAUUCGGACCUGUUUCCAACAUAGGAACCCAUUUUCUGAACAGGAAGCUCAAAAACUCGUUCAGAUCGCCGAACGGUAUGGAUUCGGGGAUGAAAUAAAAGGAAUCUGUCGCCAGAUUUGUCUUUCGAAACUUAAAAGAGGUGGAUCAUCGCAAGCUCAAAACGCACUUCUCUGGGCAAUCAAGGCGGGCGAUGAGGCGCUAACGACCCGGAUCGUGGACAAGAUUCUGUUCGAAGGUGACGCCCAGAUCGACGUUGCUCUGCUUGACGCCCUUCUCGCCAACGUUCUCGACGCCAGCCUUGCAUUCCUCCACGAGUUUUCUAUCUUUCGAAGAGCCGUGAGUGAGGGGAGAGGUCGUGACGGGGUUGUUUCUCUCUGCUCGAUGAUUAAGAGGGGUGUCAUUCCAAAAAGACUCGCCAUCAAAAUCCUAUCCAAAAACGAGUCCAUUUUUGACGAUGGGUCAAACUUCGAAGGGGACGAUGUGACCACGUUGAUGGAAUACGUCCAAAGGACCCUCGUCACGCAGCGAGGCGACGACUACAACUCGGAGGAAGAAAGACAAGUCACCGAUUUGAAUAGAAAAUUGAUAAAAAUUAGGGCUUAUCGAAUCAUGUGCGAGUUUCGGCGCAAAGCAACGGGUGCAGAGGAAGAGGAGGAGGAUAGCAAUACUGAAUUCGUCUAUGGUGAAGCGGAUGACUAUUAAAUAGUUUAAUUAAUUAAUUAAAUACAUUUACACCUAUAAAUCCUAUUUAAAUUAAUAGUUCCAGCAUAAUUUAUAAAAGAGGCUACAAUUUAUUCCCAAUCAUUUUUCUCCCCAUUGAUCCAAUUAUAUUACAAAUUUGUACACAAUUAUAAAUUUUGCAUCGUUUCCAAAAGUAAAUAAAUCGUAUCUUUAAACAUUUA